AACGAGAGCCUAUUAUAUGCUCGAUUUUUAAAACUUUCUGAUCGCUACGGACUGGUGGCGAAAAACCUUUUAAUUAUCCCUCAGAGCAAUAAUAUUGACGAUGAUGAUAAAGAUAACACUCCUUCAUCUGAUGUUCCUAGAAAUUUUAAAGCGUCAAGAAGUUUUGUUCAACGAGUAUGUUCAGGUCAAAAAGCAACGGAUCCUCUUGCAGAAGAUUCAUCAAAACGAUGGGUUGAUGAACUAUGCAAUGAAGAAUUGCUGUAA